UCCAACUUGUAAAACACCUUCCUUCUCGCUUGCUCACCCAAGUUGUUUUGAUCCGUCAAAAUUCAAGUACCGAGACGACUGGAGGUAUAUCAAGUAUUCAUUUCGUUCACGUAAUGCAGACUCUGCAAACUGCCGACGCCAUUCAUGAGAAUCGAGGUGCCCGUUGGUCUGCCCUCAAUUACCUUCCGGGUUGGAUGCCUGCUCGUAGCUCCGUAGUCGAGUUUAUGCAUGCGGUGUUUUUGGGUCUGGUGAAGCAUCUUAACAAGAUCAUCCUCAUUAAGUCUGGUUUACUUAACGGAACGAGACUUGUCAAGCCAAUGGACCGACUUGAGGCCUUCUUUUCAGGGCUCGUUUGGCCAGUCGAAGCAAAUCGCCUACCGCCUUCACUUUCAACUGGCAAGGGAUCACCAAAAGCAGAUCAAUGGCGCAAUCAAAUUGCAGUCCUCUUUGUCGCUCUGUAUGAUGCGUGGGCAGUCGACGGCGAGAUCCCAGACCACAAUGCACCUCCCUCGGCGUCUAAUACCAAAAACUUCACUGCCCAAGCCACGAUGCAGAAAACUCUACGCUCACGGCUUUUGGAGCAUCUGCUCGCUCGCAAUGCACAUCCCUCUGAUGCUGAAACUGAACGUGUUAACUCUGCAAAGAUGGACCGUAAUUUACGUCGACAUUAUGCUGUAAUUCUCGAGUUCUCGGCUGCGGUGCGCAUCCUAUCAUCUCAAUCUAUCAGUCCAAACGAUGUUCGCAGAGGAUGUGUAGCAUUAUCUCAUGCUACACAGAGCUGGGCUCGCAUGGGAUGUCACCUGACACCGUACUUUCAUUUUGUUAAUCACUUUGAACAGCAGAUGUAUGAAUUCGGGCCCUGUUAUGCGACGUGGGCUUUUGCGUUCAAGCGACAUAAUGGCAAGCUCGCAAAGAUAAAUCACAACCAGCAUAAAGGAGGAGAACUUGAAGCUACACUGAUGCGACGGUGGUGGAGCAUUACAUUCAAUUACGAGCUUAUCCUUCACAUCGAAGCUCUUCCUAACCGAACCGAGGAUGAUGAAGACUCCCUGCGGCUUCUUCGGAUGUCCCUGAAGACUCAACAGAAAGGUCGCCUGAAUGUUGUGGAAGAUGAUAUCACUUUCACUAAGCACCCGAAGAAGCUCAAUCUAUUGGCAAUCAGCAACAACAUAUAUCAGAUUACAUACAGGUACCUGCGCAACAAGUGGAGCGCAAUCAUCAAUCUCAAGACUUCUACCAACAUUCUGGGAGAUGGCGAGAACUUUAUGGGCAACGCUAGAUCAUACUCUCAUGUGUGGUUACGGGGACUUCGGUAUGGUUCUGCAAUUGCUCAUCGAGGGAAGUCUGCCCGUUACGCAUACAUCAAUGGACGCCAACCUGUGGAAAUUCAAUACCUACUACAAGUCUCACAUGAUAGGCGUGUUGCUGACACAGCACCGCUCAUCGCUGAUCUUGCCAUUGUACGACAUUUUAUUUCGGAUGACAACAUACCCGAGUUUCCCUGGGCGCUGUGGGCAACAGAUUUGGGAGUUUCUGCAUGGUAUGCAGACCAGCUUGAUGAUUUAGAGGUGGUUCCUAUCAGUGCCUUGAGUGGGCACUUCAUCCUUGCUCCGCUCAACGUACACGACAAAAUGCUUUGGAUCGCGGUCGUGUAUGAUCACGGCAACCCAGAAGCGGAUGUUGACGUCGAUGAUGACUGAAUUAACAUGCAUGUACUACGGCUCGUUCAUUACUGAUACAAUAUCUUCUUGGCAUGGUACAGUGUGGUUGUGCAAGAGGUCUAUGUCUGUGGGUUACUAGGCAUUGUACAAGUCCUCAUCAUCCUCGUUGGCUAGUGGUUCUCCUUCAUCAUCUGCUAAUCCCUCGUCAUUCAAGCCUUGGGCUUGUUCAGAUAAUACAAUGGUAGUAGUGACAUACCAAUGCUUCCAUCGUACCUCGAUGGGUCUUGAGGGUGCAAAUGUAGC